AUGGAACAGCAGAAAAAAACGGCUGAAGAGGAACUGGACGAUGCCGUAAAAAUACUGCCAAGACUUAUCGAUGAACUGAGACAGAUUGAAAAUAAUAACACCCUGACAAGGAUGAUGGCUUUUCAACGAGAAAAAACACUCAUAGAUAGACUACCGCCUAAACAGCAAAACCUCUUAAAAGCAGCAGGGAGCAUCUUUGCUCCAGCUUAUCAACAAAAUAGGAGAAAACCAUGCGGACCAGGACCUUUUAGGCCGGGGCCAUAUGGACUAGGAUUAUUCAUACCUGGAAACCCCGGCCAAUUUUGGCAAGAUCUAUUCGGACCAGGGUCACUUGGCCCAAGCUGUGGCUUUCGGAAUCCUGCUCCAAGUUCCGUAUUUGGACCUACCGAGAUCAGAUAUGGUUUUCGCCCACCACCGUAUGGUUGGAACAUUUGA